AUGGCCGCGGCGGCGGCGCGGCGGCCGGCGACCCAGUCGUCGAGCGCGCGGUACCUGAGCGCCGAGGCCGGCGACGUCGUGGGCAUCGACCUGGGCACGACGAACUCGUGCGUGGCCAUCAUGGAGGGCCGCACGGCGCGCGUCAUCGAGAACGCCGAGGGCGCGCGGACGACGCCGAGCGUCGUCGCCUUCGCCGACGACGGGAGCCGCCUCGUGGGCCUCCAGGCGAAGCGGCAGGCGGUGACGAACCCCGACAACACGCUCUACGCGACGAAGCGGCUCAUCGGGCGCAAGAUCGACGAGGCCGAGGUCGGGACCAUCAAGCCCCUCGUGCCCUACAAGAUCGUCAAGGCCGACGGCAGCAGCGACGCCUGGGUCGAGACGCGCGACGGCACAAAGUACUCGCCGUCGCAGGUCGGGUCGAUGGUCCUCGGCAAGAUGAAGGAGACGGCCGAGGGCUUCCUGGGCCGCGACGUGGGCAAGGCCAUCGUGACCGUGCCGGCCUACUUCAACGACAGCCAGCGCCAGGCGACGAAGGACGCGGGCAAGAUCGCGGGGCUCGAGGUCCUCCGGAUCAUCAACGAGCCGACGGCCGCGGCGCUCGCCUACGGCAUGGACAAGACCGACGACGGCAAGCUCGUCGCCGUCUUCGACCUCGGCGGCGGCACCUUCGACGUGUCCAUCCUCGAGAUCUCCGGCGGCGUCUUCGAGGUCAAGAGCACGAACGGCGACACGAUGCUCGGCGGCGAGGACUUCGACGAGGAGCUGCUCAAGCACCUCCUCGCCGAGUUCAAGAAGGAGAGCGGCCUCGACCUCUCGGGCGACGCCCUGGCCAUGCAGCGCCUCCGCGAGGCGGCGGAGAAGGCGAAGCGCGAGCUCGACGGCCUCGCGAACACGGACGUGUCGCUGCCGUUCAUCACCGCGGACGCGACGGGGCCGAAGCACCUCAACGUGAAGCUCGCCAAGGCCCAGUUCGAGGGCAUCGUGGCGGACCUCGUGGACCGCACGCUGGCGCCCUGCGGCAAGUGCGUCACGGACGCGGGCGUCGACAAGGCGGCCAUCGACGAGGUCAUCCUCGUCGGCGGCAUGACGCGCAUGCCCAAGGUCCAGGACACGGUGGAGUCCUUCUUCGGCAAGAAGCCCCACCGGGGCGUGAACCCCGACGAGGUCGUGGCCAUGGGCGCGGCGAUCCAGGGCGGCGUGCUCCGCGGCGACGUCAAGGACAUCCUCCUCCUCGACGUGACGCCGCUGUCGCUCGGCAUCGAGACGCUCGGCGGCAUGUUCACGCGCCUCAUCAACCGCAACACGACCAUCCCGACGAAGAAGGCCCAGACCUUCUCGACGGCGGCGGACAACCAGCCCCAGGUCCAGAUCAAGGUGCUCCAGGGCGAGCGCGAGCUCGCGGCCGACAACAAGCAGCUCGGCCAGUUCGACCUCGUCGGCAUCCCGCCGGCGCCGCGCGGCACGCCCCAGAUCGAGGUGAGCUUCGACAUCGACGCCGACGGCAUCCUCAACGUCUCCGCCAAGGACAAGGCCACGGGCAAGGAGCAGUCCGUCGUCAUCCGGUCCUCCGGCGGCCUCUCCGAGGACGAGAUCGAGAAGAUGGUCCGCGACGCCGAGGACAACGCCGCCGCCGACGCCGAGAAGAAGGCACUCGCGGAGGCGAAGAACGAGGCCGACGCCCUCGCCUACACGACGGCCAAGUCCCUCGACGAGCACGCCGACGCGCUCGACGACGAGACCAAGGCCGACGUCCAGGGCAAGCUCGACGCGCUCAAGAACCUCAGCGACGACGCGCCCCUCGACGAGCUCAAGGCCAAGAUCGACGAGCUCCAGGCCACGGCCCAGAAGAUCGGCGAGCAGGUCUACAAGAGCUCCCAGGACGCGGCCGCGGACGACGGCGCCAAGGACGCGGACUUCGACGAGAAGAAGGCCGGCGGCGACGACGCCGAGAAGAAGGACGAGAAGAAGGACGAGGAGAAGAAGUAG